CGAUGGUGGCGGGCGGAGCGUGCUGAGCGCCCCCGCGGUCCCCCGGGGCAGCAUGGAGAGCGCCCUGGACGCGCAGAGCCUCAUCGCCCUGUCCCUGCGCAAGAUCCACAGCUCCCGGACCCAGCGCGGGGGCAUCAAGCUGCACAAGAACCUGCUGGUGUCCUACGUGCUCCGCAACGCGCGCCAGCUGUACCUGAGCGAGCGCUACGCCGAGCUCUACCGGCGGCAGCAACCGCCGCAGCAGCCCGCCUACCCCGCGGGCUGCACCGGGGAGAUGCCCGGCUUCUCCCCGCUGCAACUUGCCGGGGAGCCGGAGGCCCCGCACCCCCCGCAGCAGCUGCCCCGGAGCUGCUGCUCGGUGGGCCUCACCCGGGGCUGCGGGGACCUCGGGCCGCACUGUGGCAGCCGGACCACCGUGCUGGACUUGGACACGCAUGUGGUGACCACGGUGGAGGACGGCUAUUUGCACCAGGAUUGCUGCUCCUCGCCCUGCUGCUGCUGCUGCGGCGGUGGCUGCUCCGCCAAGCGCAAGUACUGCCCGGGACAGGAGGAGGAGGAGCCCCCCGGGGUCGCCCCCUGCAAGCGCCCCCGCCUCGAGGAUUCGGCCCCGGACGCUUCCAACAUCUCGAACUUGAUCUCCAUCUUCGGUUCGGGCUUCACGGGGCUGGUCAGCCGGCAGCCCGACCCGGAGCAGGCCCUCAACGGCCAGCUGUGUGGCAAGCAGGCCCUCGCCAGCCUGGGCGCCUGGACUCGAGCCAUUGUGGCUUUCUAGGGACCCCCGGGGGGGGGGCCUGCUGGAGGGGGACACACAAACACACACAAA